UGGUAUAACCGCCUGACGCUACAGCGCCCCCUAUGCGCCUCAAGGAUCCCAAACCCACAGAAUUCUCAGUAGAAAAUGAACAUUUGGAUCAGAUGAAAGUUCCGUUUUUUUCCCGCCCAUUUCCUCAUUCUCACAGUUUCUCUCACAGACAUUUAUUACGAAAGCAAAAGUGAAAGUAAAUUCCCAUUCGGGUUUAAUAACAGUAUGAAAUGGGGGGCCGGAUAGUGUGGGGGGGACACACUUCCAUCCGGAUUCCCCUUAUGUUCCUCUCGGCGCUGCUCGUCUCCCUGGCAACGGCCGGAGUGGAUGCUUUGGGGGUCAAAACAAGUGACGUUCCUAUUAAAUCCCUGAGGAACCAGGAAGCAUUUAUCCCGUGUACAUUAAUGGAUUAUGGUGCUGGGGAUCUGGAUCCAAAGCUUCUCUCUGUUCAGUGGACCAAGAAAUCCAUGAAUGGGAGUGAAGAGUAUGUGUAUGUGUCUGGGGAUCCCAGAAAAACCCGGCCCGGAUCGUACAUAUUAGACAGUGACCUUAUAACAGGCAAUGCCGGACUUCACUUACCCCGGGUUCAGUUCACAGAUGAAGGAGAAUAUACCUGCACUGUCUUUUAUACCCCUAAUAAAGCCGUGGGGCAGUCUGUCCUGCAGGUGUCAGCGCAACCAACUGCCAGGCUGGAUCCGGAUUCUGUCAGGGUUCUGGUUGGGACGGAGAAGACCGUUCAAUGCACAGUCAGUGGGUUUUACCCCAAAGAUAUAACAAUUCAGUGGGAGAAACGGCUCAGUGAGACCAACCGUAUCCCCCUGAAUAAGGACAGCUGCACCAGAGACACAUUCGGGAAUGAGGACGGGACAUUCAAUGUUACAAGCCAAUUAUCAUUGAGUCCUUCCCUGGAGGAUCAUGGGAGAAGGUAUUAUUGUAUCAUUGAGCACCGCUCCCUGGAUACAGAACUGAAACUGAAUUUCACUCUCUCAGUAACAGAGACUGAUAACACAGAUGCAAUUAUUGGAGUCAUUGGAGUGCUCAUUGGAGUGCUCAUUAUGGUCCUUAUUGGAGUUGUGUAUUAUUUUCUCUUUAAAAAAGAACCCCCCAAACUCUCUCCCAUUACCGGAGCGGAACAUUUGGUGCAUAUGAACGAGGCGACUCUCUCCUGCCAGAUCUCUGGUUUCCGACCCAAACCCAUCAGAAUUACAUUGUUUUUGAGAAGAAAAGGGGGAGAAGUGAUGGAAAUUUACUCCUGGGAUUCUGAGGCCCAAACUGGUUCCGCUGCCCCAGUGGCACAUCACAGAGAUGAGCAGCGUGUGAUUAUUGCGCCAGAGAGAGAGGGGUUAAUGGGAAAUGGGAAUGUGCAAUAUCUGCCCCCGGCACAGAGGGCGCUGCGAGUGGAAAUGGUUCCUGUAAUAACAACAAGUAAAUAUCGUAUUUCCAACUGUCAGUGCACAAUCCGUAUAACCCCCGACAUAGAGGAAGAUGAUGGGGCAGAACUGACUGUGAGGGUCACUCACUCUGCCCUGAGGGGCCCCAUCUCUGUGUCCCAUCAGCUGAAGGUCACGGGAGUCCAUUCCCCAACUGUAAGUGACAUUCAGUGCACCCCCACCCAACCCCAGUGGGGCAAACCCGUCAGGCUCUUCUGCGCGAUCAACAAUUUCUUCCCCCAGUAUUGUUCCACUCGUUGGUACCGGGGCCAGGAGAUCCUGCCUCAGUCAAGUGUUAAAGAGGACCAAGUGGAAGAUCCAGAAUCGGGGCUUUUCUCCAGAACCACGGCCGUACAAUACACUCCUACUGUGAAUGACCACGGGACAGAAUUUUGCGUGGAAAUAACUCACCACAAGGAGAAUAUCAAAAAGACAUUUCCUAUGAAACUAAAAGGGCUGCCUUACAUUGAAUCUAUCACUUGUAACAGAGACAGCCCAAAGGUUGGAGAAGAGCUAACACUUCAGUGCACGGUGACUGGCGCUAACGCACGGAACAUCACAGCCAAAUGGCGGGCAGGUUCUGACCCAAUCACAGGAGAAAUGAAAACAGAAAUAAACCGAGACACCGUCACCUUCCUGCUCAGACUGAUUUCUACAGUAGAGCAUUAUGGGAAAAUAUUCACCUGCCUAAUAAGGCACGGGGAUCUGCAGGAGCCAAUGGAGAGAAAUAUAACCCUAAAGUGGGCCGACAACCCUCCUACCUUGUCAGAGAUUGAGGUGCUCCCCACAAAUCCAGAGGUCCAUAAGGAAGCCACCUUCAGAAUAACCAUCUCGGGUUUCUCGCAGAAAGAUCACCAAGUCAGGUGGUUCCUACAAGGUUCUCAGAUUCCAGAAUCCCUAAAAAAGGUCUGCUCCGACCCUAAAAUUGAUGCCCCCAAGGAGGAGGAAGAUGCCCCCAAGCUGAUUGAGACAUCGGAGCUGCAGAUUGGGGAGGACGGGUUGUACGUUUGCUCCAGCACCCUGAGAUACACCCCCACCGACAAGGACAACGGCACCUUUAUUCGCUGUGUAUUUACUGCUAAAGGGAUCAUUAGCAAGAAAAAGUAUCAGCUUAGUCUGACAGGAGCUGAAAUGAAGGAGCCAAUGAUUGAGUGUGUGACCCUCGACCCCAGGAAGGGAGAGGCUGUUACCCUUGAGUGCAUUAUUAGAGGGGUGGGUGUGAGUCACGGCAUCUUCUCCUGGAGUGACGGAAUAUUCCCCAUUGACGAAGGCCUCAUAGACAACUCCAACCUCCCUGAUGGCUCCGGCUGUAUCUCCAGGGUCACCUUCACUCCUGAUGAUGGGCAUAUCAGAUUUGAGGCCACAUUUAACUCCGGAACCAUUGAGAAAACCUACCAACUCCCAUGGGUGUGAGAUUUGCUGUGUUCUUCUAAUGAAAAACGGAUGAUAAAAAUCUCAACUGUCAGAACUGCUGAGCCCAGAAGUUCCACCUCUAUGAGAAGAAAAAUGGCUGCCAGGAGACCCAGGGGCCAUUCUGAGGGGACCAUAUAACCCACCAAUAUAGAUAUCAAUGGUGAGGAGAAUGUUCUGGGUCUAUAAAGUCCUAGGAACAAUAGAUUACGGGCUGCUGCUAUAAAUGGGACAGAACUUGGUGCUACUGGUGCUGCUGGUGCUACUGGUGCUAUUGGUGCUACUGGUGCUACUGGUGCUACUGGUGCUAUUGGUGCUACUGGUGCUACUGGUG